CACAGUUUAAUCAGAGCUGGUGCUUUACAAAACACAGCCCUUUCACUUAUGCUACAUAUAGAACAAGCUCGCUGCAGUUUUCAUUCUUAUUUUUCACACGACCAAGCCGCAGGGGCUCCUGCAGCAGCUUUCUUUUACAUGACAAAGUAAUAUGAGUGAUGGAGCUGAUUGCCCACACCUGCGCGUGUUGAUCAGCGGCAGCACGUGUUCGCUCCUGUUGACCUCGAGCUCUCCACAGAGAGUGCCGAUAGGUUUUGACCGGUUUCGUUGUUUAUAAUGGAAAAACAAAUGCUGAUGUCAGCUGCCCUUAGUCGUUUUCGCACUGUCGUUCUGCUGCUGCUUGUCACCUGCAGCUUCAAGCUGGUUGCGCCGUUCAGGCCUGCCACUAACGCGCCGCACACACUGACCGACUUCACCUACCAGUACGACAGCAUCUUCUCCCCGCUGCUGAAAGCUCUGUCGGAGCACGGGGGGUCGAGGUGGAACCCCGGUCUGAAGAAAAAGCUCAAACCCGAGCACAGGUACAUGAAAUAUCUGACAGAGGUUUACAAGAAGUCCUCCAGAGUGCAGAGGAGUGUGGACGGGAGCAACAUCUACAACACUGUCCGACUGAUCAAGCCACAGGAUGAGUGCCUGGCACAAAGUAACAAAGAGAGUUUUAUGCAGGAUUUAUCCUACAGCCUCCAUCAAGUGAAAAGAAAAGAGCAACUUCUGAACUCGGCCCUGCUGUACAGUUUGGACCAUGAAAGUUCAGCACCUGUCAGCUCUCUGUGUUACAUCACUAUCGAGGAGUAUGAGAGGUCGAAUCAGUGCCCGCUCUGUCCAGGGGUCCAACGUGCAGUGAACUUUUCAGCCAGCACAGGCAGGAGGAGCUGGAGAAACUGGGUGGAGGUUGACAUCACUUCAUUUUUUCUGCCUCUCCUAAAGUUUCCGAAAAAGAACAUACACUUGCUUGUCAACAUCACCUGCCCAGAGGAACAAAGAGCCAAGGGCAAUGGUUGCAAAGGUCCCCUGGAGAUCACCUUGAGGUCCCCUCCUCUACUUCUUUACCUCAAUGACACCAGUAAAACCGCCCACCAGUGGUCACUAGAGAGUGCUAAAGCAAGUAAAAGGCCAUCUGUGGCCUUUAAUAAUUUUCAGAAGGAGGGGGCUUUAAAACCAGAACGCAGGCGUGGGCGCAAGAGGAGAUGGAAGAGGGAAUCUCCAAAGAGCAAACGAGGUGAUACAAAGUUGGACAUCCAGCUGCCUGAGCUUCUCCCAAGUUCCGAAUUCCCAACACGUGACUGCGCCUUGUAUGAUUUCAGGGUGCGCUUCAGUCAGCUCAAACUGGACCACUGGAUUGUGUUUCCUCCUAAGUACAAUCCCAGGUACUGCAGAGGAAUCUGCCCGAGGAUCACGGGCUUCAUCUACGGGUCACCCGUCCACACCAUGGUGCAAAACCUCAUCUAUGAGAAGCUUGACUCCUCUGUUCCCAGGCCCUCGUGUGUCCCCUCCCACUACAGCCCCCUCAGUGUCAUGAUCUUUGAAGAGGACGGCUCUUACGUCUACAAGGAGUUUGAAGACAUGGUCGCCACCAGGUGUACCUGUCGCUAAGCCAGCAACCAACAUGCCUUUCUGUUUUUCAGGCUGAUCAGAAUGUCAACAAACCCUCAUCAGCAGUCAUUACACAGGUGGACUGUUUCCAAGCAUCAAAUAUUCUGACCAGGCUUGGUGAUUUCAUGAAUUUAUAAAAUCGUUGUGCAUGAAAGAAGUUUGGUCUGGAGCAGGUGUGUUUACUUAAAGUAUUUUAUCAUGUAAAAGUGUGGCAUUUAUUUCGGUUUUGUUAAGGCAGAAAAGGUGCAGAUGCAUCCUGAUCUUCAGCUGUUAGAAAUGUUGUAAUGAAUCUAACACACUUGAAGAUAAAAAUGUGUGAUGUAUGAUUUAUUUUAAGUUUGCUUGUUUUUGUUAAUUUAUUCUGGGUGGGUUGUCUGUCAUUAUUCUUUAAUUUAACACAAUUUGCCAAAUUUUAAGUAGCCCUGUUCUGGACAAAAAGAAAAAGCAGUCACAAACGCUUCCCAAACCUUUUACAUAUCGUUUUAUUCAUGGGGAUUACAGACAUCUGUCUGCAUAAUGUCCAGAAUGAAAGUUGUCGAGGUUUCAGUGUGUAUUUAUUACUUCUGGUCACUGAGUGACUGCAUACGUGUGAACUGACUGCAUGCUUAUAUAUUUGCACUGGUUGAAUGAGACUAAAUGCAUGUCAUGUCUAUUUAUGCAAACUGAAUGAAUUCACUGUGUGUCUGUGCUCAGCUUAGGAAUAUUCGAAAGAAUGAAAUUAUGUAGGCAAAAGUUGAAAAGAAUUAAAAAUAACAUGCAUAAACCUUGUCUAAAUGGAAUUAUGUGAAAAGCUAUGAGCCACUAAAGAAAAGAGCGUUUUACUGUUGGAAUAGUGUAUUCUGUGUACAAUGCCAAAUACAGACGAGUGGUGCUGAAAUUGAGGAAAUCUACUAAAAAGAAAAGUUUUAUGGCCAGAUGAGACAAAGAUUGAGCUAUCUGGCCACAGAGAUGAGAGGUGUCUUUCUUCAUCACCUUAAAUCAAAGCUAGACAGCAUGAACUCAGAUCUAAUUGGAUGUUCCAACAGGACAAUGAUGCCAAGCAUACAUCACAAGUGGUUUUGGAAUAAAUAAAGCAGACUAAUAUUACACUUUUGUAAUGGUCUUGCCAAAACGCCGGCCUCAACCCUUGUUAAAAAUUGUGGACUAUGUUUAAAUGCCCAGUCAUUGCCUUGAAAGUAAUCAAU